CUUGCUUUGCAGCCUGAGUAGUUCUUCUUUCAAUUGUUAUUGUCGCUUUAAAAAAUCUUUAAUUCACUUAAACUUCGUCUCGGCCGCGUCGAAAGUGGGAGAAAAGUGCUUUUCUGGUCGGAACAUGGAACUACAAGGCCUGCAAGAGGCGUUGAAAGUAGAAAUCCAAUGUCAUCAGGAUGGAGAGCUUAAGAGACAGCUGCACGACAGGCAAACCAGAAUAACAGCCCUAAGCGAUAAACAAAAUCAAACGUUGUGCAAAGGCCUCAAUGAACUUCAGAACGGACAGAAGCUGGCAGUCAGAAGUUGUCCUGUAGGGACAACUAAGCCGCUGUCGCUCAUCAAGCCUCCCAGCCAGGGCAUCGCCAUCUCCGUGGUGCCAGCCAAGGCUCCCGUUUCCAUGGUGACCGCGCACAUUAACGGACAGAAGGCGGCGAGCUCGGAGCCGCUGCAGACGUCCCCCAUCAACCUCCAGACGGGCGGCAGGGUGGCGGCCGCCGGAGUCCACCCUUUCAGCAGCAGGAGAGCCGGAGAGCUGCCUCCCUCUCAGAUGCUGGGAACUCUCACUGCUUUGCCCAUCAAGGUGCCUCAAGUCAGCUCCCUGCACCGGCUGGCAGGACAAGCAGCCACUGUGCUACCUCAGGUCAGGCCAAAGACCCAGAUCCCCGACAGCCUCCCUCACAGUCCCUGUCAGGAGCUGCAGCCGCUCAGCCUGCAGAGAGCCGCAGCCGUGGUCAGUCCUAAGAGCCAGGGCCCCACCCUGCCCACCGCCAACAGCACCUUCAGCCCCGACCACCAGCCCAACGGCCAGAGCGACGCCUCGCCGCCCCCGGCCCCGCCGCUCCCGUCCGAAGGCCCCGACUCCGGCGGUCCCGCCCAGCACGCCUCCGCUGGCCCCGGCGUGGCGUACGCCAUCAUCGCCGCCUCCCCCGCCACCGGAAACGGAGUGUCCGCCGUCAGCGAGGCCGUCAAGGUGAUCAUAAUCCAGCCGCAGGCCCCCAGCAGCACUGAGGGGUCCCCAGGGGCCCCGGCUGACCUCCCAUCACAGGAGGAACCACCGGCCCCGAAAUCCCCCUCCCAGAAGAAAGACGAGGACCCCGAGAAAAUCGCCUUCAUGGUCGCCCUCGGCCUCGUCACCACAGAACACCUGGAAGAAAUCCAGACGAAGAGGCAGGAGAGGAAGAGACGAAGCACAGCCAACCCAGCCUACAGCGGCCUGUUCGAACCGGAGCGUAAACGUCUGGCGUCACAUUACCUGAACAGUUCGCUCUUCCUGUCAGCACGAGACACUGAGGACUUCUGCUGGAAGGAGGACCUGGAGCAUGACGACCACUGCGCCGUCUGUAAGGAGGACGGCGAGCUGCAGCCCUGCCACAACUGCCCCAGAGCCUUCCACCCCAACUGCCUCCACCCGCCGCUCAAAACCCCACCCAGAGGACCCUGGUACUGCCCCAAGUGCCAGAAGAAGGUCCUCAACAAGGAGAACAUGUCGUGGCCACAGAACUUCGUUCAGUCCUACGUGACACACAAGACGGUGAGGCAGGAGGAGAAGCGACGGCUGCUGAGACGAAACAACGAGCUGAAGAACGAAUGUGCUCACCUGGAAGAACAAGACAAGACGCUCAACAACACACUCAAACAAUGCAUGGACCUGAGGGAACGGCUGCUGGGGCAGCAGAGGGACACUCAGGCUUCGCUCGAACGCCUCAAAGCUCUCAUCAGGCUGAUACAACGUGACCAGCUCAUCCAGGUCACCAUGACGACCACCGCCACCAUCGCCGCCUCCCUGCUCUCCCAGUCCUGGAUCAAACCCACCAGCGCCGCCGCCGCCGCCCCGGGCCCCUCGGCCACGCCCCUGCAGAAGAGCCACGCCCACAGCCAGGAUGACGCCAACAACUAGCCCCCCCUCGCCCCCCCCGGUGCUCGAGGGCAGUGAUUUUUUUUUUUUUUUUUGAUUGAAUAAUAUUUAACCGUCUUUUCUCUGAGCUGAAACAAACUGAGAAAGAAGAGCCUCUAUCCUCCACGCGAUUCAAGUAUUUUUUAAAACCCAACACCUACAGUGCUUACGAGAUUUCUUUUUUUAAGUUCUUUUCUAUUUAUUAAUGUUCUUGGCCUUAAUGUAUUUAUUACAGGAAGUUAGAUCACGGCGCCGCCGCGGGAGCUCGACGGAGCUUCGCCGAGCGGUCCGGAAGAUAUUUCCCUUUUUUAAACAGCGGUCUGAUUCUUGUUCUGCGUAGAGCGAGAGAGAACAGUAGAGUUAGAGGUAGUGGAAGCAAACGGCUGUACAUUGAUAUAUCUGAGUAGAUGUUUGUUCUCAUUCUCCUACGAACAAUGUUUUUGCCAUAAUGAUUCAGGAAAAUGUUUUCAUCGUGUAUGUAAACGCAUACGAGCCUUCAAACAAAAACAGAGAAUAACUUUUUUCAGUAUUAAUAGAGUUAAAGUCAAAGAAAAAAGUAUUUAAGAUAAAACUACAGAAAUUAGCAUUUCUAGUGGAGAUUUUAGUAUUUUCAUGCUGAUGCCUGUUGAUAAAUGUAAGUUUGGAGUAUUCAAGGGGAUCAUUGUACAUAUGUUGUAUUAUUAUUAUUAUUAUUAUAAUCAUCAUCAUCAUCGCAGGUUUUCUUUGGUUUUCAAACUUUACUGAAGUCACAUCUGAGACCAAGACGAGUCCCUGCUUCACUGUUUGUUUUCUGUUUGACGGCAACAAACGAGAAGAAAAUGGCAGCGCAAACAACAGCAGUAAACAACAACAGUAGUAAACAACAACAGUAGUAAACAACAACACCAGCAAACAACAACACAAACAACAGCGGUAAACAACAACAACAACAGUAAACAACAACAACAGUAAAC